AUGCUCGAUGCUACAUCAAGAGGAGCUUUCACAGCUAGUACCUAUAAUGAUGGAUAUGAUAUCCUUGAAAAGAUUUCUAAUAAUAAUGGACAUUGGGCCGACCCACGUGCACUAGUACCACGCAAAACAGCGGGAGUUCAUGACAUAGAUGCUUUUACAGCAUUGACGGCUCAGAUGACUGCAAUGACUAACUUGAUUAAAAAUUUAACAAAUGGUCAAGCAGCACAAUCCAUAGCCAGUGCGCAUGCUCCAACUGUUGAGUCGGUACAAUGUGUGUAUUGUGGUGGAGGACAUCCCUUUGAACAUUGUCCAUCCAACUCCGAAUCAGUCAAUAAUGUUGGGAAUCAAAACAGAUCAGGACCGUUUUCUCAAACAUACAAUCCUGGGUGGAGACAACACCCAAAUUUAUCAUGGCACAGUCCUGCUCUAAACCCACCAAUGAACAAACCCCAAGGGACUUCACACUUUCAACCACAUCAGUCUCAACAACAUCAUCAGGGUCAAGCUCCACACCAUCACCAAAAUACUUUUCAUCAACAAGCGAAUCAUUCAUCUUUCCAAAACAAGUCUAACCAACAAGCCGAAUCUUCUACUUCUUUGGAAGCAACUAUGAAAGGAUUCAUAAACCAAACCAACACAGCCAUGAACCAUCAGAACACUGCCAUAAGAUCUCUAGAAACACAGAUUAGUCAACUUGCACUUGAGGUAAGAAAUAGACCUCCAAGUACUCUUCCUAGUGAUACUGAGAUUCCAAAGCCAAUGAUGAGAGAGCAUGUAAAGGUAGUGAAUUUAAAGAGUGGAAAGAACCUCAUAGAGAGUGAACCUAUAAAAAAUUUUGUUGAACCCAAGGACUCAAUUAAGAGGGAUGUCACAACAUCUAGUUCAGAUAUUGUCACAACCACUUUGAAAGAUAAGGGAAAAUCAAUAGAAAUAGGACCACUUCUUAAGAAAGCAGACCUCCCCUUGUUAUUCCAAAUGAAGGCAAAAAGAAGUAACAAGAAUGUUGAGUCACCUGUCCCUCAUGAAGAACCUAUCAUCAUCCAGGAACCUCCUAGUCAGUCCUCUAAAAAACCAGUCAUAGCCCCUAUUCCUCCUUAUAUACCUUUUCCACAAAGGUUGAGGAAUCAGAAAGAGGAGUUGCAAUUCAAAAAGUUCCUUGACGUGUUCAAACAGCUACAUAUCAACAUCCCGUUGGUUGAAGCUCUUGAAAAAAAUGCCAAGUUAUGCAAAGUUCCUCAAGGACAUUUUGAGCAAGAAGAAAACACUGAACGAAUUUGA